CUGGCCCCCGCGCUGGGCUGACAUCACUGUCCCGGCACCGGCCUUUUAGCACAGGCUCGGCCUCCUAACUGUGCAGUGUGCCGGCUCCGCGCAGAGCAUCGCCCCGCGCCUCCCUGAGCAGCCGCUUGUCUCCCACCCACCUCAGACAUGGCGAACAAGGGUCCGGCGUAUGGCAUGAGCCGGGACGUCCAGUCCAAGAUCGAGAAGAAGUACGACGACGAGCUGGAGGACCGGCUGGUGGAGUGGAUCGUGGCGCAGUGUGGGGCCGCGGUGGGUCGUCCUGAGCGGGGCCGCCUGGGCUUCCAGGUCUGGCUGAAGAACGGCAUCGUCCUCAGCCGGCUGGUGAACAGCCUCUACCCCGACGGCUCCAAGCCCGUCAAGAUCCCCGACACCCCCCCCACCAUGGUCUUCAAGCAGAUGGAGCAGAUCGCCCAGUUCCUCAAGGCGGCCGAAGACUACGGCGUGGUCAAGACGGACGUGUUCCAGACCGUCGACCUCUUUGAAGCCAAGGACAUGGCGGCGGUGCAGAGGACGCUGAUGGCCCUGGGGAGCCUGGCGGUCACCAAGAACGACGGGAACUACCAUGGGGACCCCAACUGGUUCAUGAAGAAAGCGCAGGAGCACAAGCGGGAGUUCACCGAGAGCCAGCUGAAGGAGGGCAAGAACGUCAUCGGCUUACAGAUGGGGAGCAACAAGGGGGCGUCACAGGCGGGGAUGAGCUACGGCCGGCCCCGGCAGAUCAUCAGCUAGGCAGCCCCCCUCGCCGCCCCCCAGCCCUCCCAGCCGGGACCUCCGUCUUCGCUCCCCCCGGCCCAGCGCGCCGCAGCAGCCGCCCCAGCACCGGCGGCCGCCACCGCCCCUCACCGAUUGGUAUUUAUUGAGAAGAAAACGCCAGCCAGCCCAAAGCGACCCUGCAGCGCAGCCAAGGGCAGCACCCGCCCAGCCUCGCGCCGUGCCCCGGGCAGCCUGUCCCCUCCGGCCUCGCACGCCCCGCUGCACCCCCGCCAGCCGGUCCCGCUCCCGCCGCGCUCGCCGGCACCCGUGGGUGCCCCGCCGCCCUCCCCGGGAUGGCGGGUGGGAAGGUCCCGGCCCCCGGAGCCACCCCGCAGCCCCCCACGAGCCCCGCACCACCGCCGCAGAGAUCCUUGCGAACGGGGAGGAAAGAGAAUUUGCCUCGGUUUUGUACUUCGUUUUUGUCAAAAUUAAAAGGUUAUUCAUCUA